AUGGACGUUCAUAAGCGAUCAGCGGUAUCGCCGAGAGUAUCUCUGACAAGUGACGAAUUGGAACUUUUCAAUAUGAGUGAAAAGUUUGUCAUCACCAAGCCGUCCUUUGGUGAAGAAAAUGAUGGCCUACUUCCAGUUUCCCAACAGCACACCACGUCGGCUCCUGCCAUGGCCACCCGACUUCCGAAAAAAGAUUUGCUCAACUUCUUCGUACUAAUCAUCUUGUAUACCCUUCAAGGUGUUCCUGUGGGACUAGCAUUUGGAUCUGUACCCUUCAUCUUAAAGUCCAAAGUGUCCUUUUCUCAGGUGGGAAUCUUCUCUUUGGCAUCUUAUCCUUACUCACUAAAAUUAUUAUGGUCGCCUAUCGUGGAUGCUGUUUAUGACCGGCGCAUUGGUCGUCGGAAAAGUUGGAUUAUUCCCGUUCAGUUUGUAUCUGGCAUUACUUUGUUGUACCUUGGAUAUGUUAUUAAUGCAUUGAUUGAAGAUCCAGCACAAUACUUGUCCCGCAUCACCUUUUGCUUCUUUUUGUUGAUUUUCCUUUGUGCCACCCAGGAUAUUGCUGUUGAUGGUUGGGCUUUGACCUGCCUUUCACCUGAAAGUUUGCCUUUUGCCUCGACAGCCCAAACCAUUGGAAUGAACUGCGGUUACUUUCUGAGCUUUACCGUUUUUUUGGCUCUCAAUUCUCCCGAAUUUGCCAACAAGUACCUUAGGGAGACCCCAAAGGACACCGGUUUGUUCUCCUUGGGUGGUUACCUUGCAUUCUGGGGAUGGGCAUACUUGUUAGUUACUAUAUUUAUUUUCUUCGUCCCUGAGGAUCCUCCUCAUUUGAAAAACUUGAACCAUGAUAGACUUUCCGCAGAACACUUCAAAGACGAAGAUCACCAUAACAGACCUUCACGUGGCAAAGAAAAGUAUUGGUCUGAGUUGAAACAUGUCUAUUUGACCAUGUUAAACGUGCUAAAGCUUCCAAACGUCCAAGUGUUCGUUGUCAUUCUUUUGAUUGCUAAACUUGGCUUCCAAGUUAAUGAAGCAGCCACAAAUUUGAAGCUUUUGGAGAAAGGAUUGUCGAAAGAAGAUUUGUCGAUUACAGUCUUGAUCGACUUUCCCUUCGAAAUGGUGUUUGGUUACUACGCAGGUGGAUGGUCAUCAGGUAAAAGUCCCUUGAAACCAUGGCUUUUUGGGUUUGCGGGCCGCUUAAUUGCAGCCGCAAUGGCUCAUUUGAUAUUGUUGUUCUUCCCAAAAGUAGAAGACGGUAAAAUCCCAUUCAAAUUGUUUUUUUUGAUUAUUGUGCAGCAUCUAUUCGGAUCUUUCAUGUCGACUAUCCAAUUUGUUUCCCUUUGUGCUUUCCAUACUAAAAUUGCAGACCCUGCUAUUGGUGGGACAUAUAUGACUACGCUAAAUACCUUGUCGAACUAUGGUGGCACAUGGCCGAGAUUGAUCAUUUUCUUUUUGAUCGAUAAGUUUACUGUUUCCAAAUGCGAAAUGGUAACUUCAUCCUCCGUAUAUGAUAUCCAUAGAGAGGAACAGAGGCAACAAUGUUUAGCAUCUGGCGGCCAUGUGAACAUCAUAAGAGACGGCUAUUUUUAUACCAGCUUCAUCUGUCUUUCUUUGGGAGUCAUUAUUUGGUUUUGGGUUAAAAAGAAGGCUACUUACUUGCAGAGCCUCCCUGCUAGUGCAUGGAGAGUUAAAAGAGACAUUACGUAA